AUGAGUCCGUCCGGAAAAAGCUUCGCAAUAUCAGCCAACAGACAUCUUCGUCUCUACAGCACCGAAGAACCAACAAAGAGCUUUGAAUUGAUUCUGGAUGUGCAUGACAAGCCGAUCAGUCGAUUACGAAUGAGCCCCUGCGGGAAGAUGUUGGGAAGCUGUGGAGAUCGAUACAUUCGAAUUUUUCACAAUGUUGCUGAAUUCUACGGCGAAGUGGGGUCGCUCAAAACAGCUGCUCGAUGCGCUCCGGAUGAGGCGAGAAGGAGACGUUUCGAAGAGCAGUUGCAGGAAGCGGAACAGAACCUGAGCCGUUUUCCAAUUCCUUGA